GCCUUGACAGAAAGUACUCACCUUGUAACGCGAUCGUGGAUCGAGACGGAUCGAAGAUAUAGUUUGGCAAGAUUUGUGCCAAUACGGUCUGUCAAUUCAUAUCUGGUUGUUGCUCCAGGAGUCAAAAAUUCGCGGCGUGCACGAACCCUGAUCUUGUACUUAGCAAAAUAAAUUCGUUUCCGAGAGAUACGCGGCACGUUGAACGAUUACAUAUACCAUACGUAAAAUACCUACUGCCCUCUAGAUGAUUUGAAUUCAACCUAACCUCACCUUGGAAAACUCGCAUGUUUUUUUAUGUUUAUACAACAUUACAAUCGCAAUUGUAACAUAAUGACACACAAAAUAAUCGUAUUAUAAAUAAAUUGAUACAUUAAAGUAGAUACUACUAAUUAUCAUUUACUGUUCACUUAAAAUUUCUUAAAAUUUGUAUUUUUAAAUUUGAAGAGUCUACUUUCUUCGUGAAAUUUUGAAGGUUAUGCCGGCGAUCUUUUGUCAAUUUUAAUACGAAUAUAACUAUAUUGGGAGCGAGAAUACGAAUACAGGAUGGAUGAAGCUUUGACUACACCGCCUACGUUUCAAUUACAAUUUUCUAAACAAAUUUAUUGUGUUGAAUUUUCACCAUAUGAAUGGUCUCAACAUUUAAUUUGUAUUGCCCUUGCCGAAGAAAUUGUUAUUGGUACUAUUAAGUUUCAGGAUGAAGAUGAAACAGUGGAAGAUAUUGCAUAUAAUCAUUUUAGAACAUUCCGUCAUAAAACUAGACCACAUGCAGUUGCUUGGAGUCCAGAAACCUGCUUGAGUGUAGUACCAAAAGUAUUGAAGUUUUGUGUUGCUGGAGCAGAUUUUAAAAUAAGAUUAUAUUGUAGUAACAUAUCUGAUAAUAUUAUAUGGGAGAUGGAAGGGCACAAGGACUAUGUAAAUUCAAUUUGUUACGAAACUGAAGGUGAAAUAUUAGCUUCUGUAUCUGAUGAUCAUACGUGUAAACUCUGGGCAGUCAACGAAGAAGGAAGAUGUAUUUCUACAUUGAAUUUAACAUCACCUGGCAUGACUAUACGUUUUCACUCUGAAAAACCUGGCAAACUCCUUGUAGGAGAAAAAAAUGGAUUGAUUCACAUGUAUGAUGUACGAAGUCAACAAGCAAUUAUGUCCCUUGAUGCAGAUAUUGUUCCCUUAAUGUCAGUUGAUUGGGGAUCUAAUCCUUUCAAAAUAGCUGGUAUAGCUGCAGGGAAAUUACUUCUAUGGGAUAUAUCUAAACUUAGUUUACCUCAAGAAUCGAGUCCCCUUCAUAUUGAAGGUGGAUUAAUAGUAAAAUUUUCUCUUGCUUACGAUCACUUAGUAGCAACCAUUGGUAGACCAGAUAAUUUAUUAAAAGUAAGGAAUAUAAAAUCUAACGAACAAAUACUAUGCGGACAAGUUAAAUUGAUAGGUGGAAUAACAUGGCAUUAUGAGUUGCCAUAUAUUUGUGCUGCAAGUGAUAGAGAGAUUCGUUUUUGGAAAGUAAGUCUGAAUUAAAAAACACUAAUAAUUUGUUA